GGGGGGCAGCAGCAGGGGGUACCACUGAGGCAGCAGCUCCUGCUGACGCCACGCUACUCUCACAGGCGGCAGAGGUUUCAGCUGCUAUCCAGUCAGGUACGGUGCCGACGUACAUCUCCACCCUCAUAGAGACUGAGGCAGAGGUUCUGGCCACUGCACUGCGCGUAGUCUUCAAGACCGAGCGGGGUCUGGUUAAGACUCGCAGGCAGUUCUUCGAGGGGAGGGUAGCAGCCAGCUUCAAGAAGAGCUUCGUUCCGCAGCUGCAUCUUCACACUCCAGAGGUGCAGGCACAGGCUAACACGAGGCUUAGGGAGCUGGAGCAGCAGGUGCUGGGUCAGAUGCAGCUGAUUUUGAUCCAGGGGCAGAUGGAUGACUUGACUCACCUCCAGAGGCAGGUAUCCACCUGGCGCGGCAGGCUUGUGGAGGCGGUAGACGACCUUGUAGCCACAGCUUGCAGCGUGGGCUUUCUUGCGCAGCAGUUUGCAGCAGAGUCUUCUCGCCCUGCUGUUUGGCAGAGCAUCCAGACUCUACGGGGACGGUGUCACGCCGCUGUCGCUGACGCGCUUCUGCGGGUGGGGCUGGAGCACCAGCGGUACGUCCACCAGGAGACCACCAGGAUCGACAGGCAGCAGGCGCAGCGGACGGCCCAGCAGGAGCGGCGAGCACAGGCAGAGGGUGCGCCGGUAGACGAGGUCAUGGGGGAAUUUGUCCCUCGUGAGGUCGAGAGACAGGUCGGCGCUUGGCAGGACGAGCAGAGGGAGGCCUGGCGUCGGUUUUCUGAGCGUCUAGACCGUCUUGAGGGUCGUCGACAGGGGCAGCAGACGCAGCAGCAGCGGGGUAGGACCCGUGCUAGGGAGCCGACGGGAGAUGGCCGCCUCGAGUCCAUCUCCCCUGUUCGCAGCCGUCCACAGCCAGCCACAGCGGCGGCACAGACUGCAGGUGCCCAGGCGGCAGCCACCGCAGCUGCUACAGCGGCCCAGCAGCGCCCGGGACAGCGACAGACGCAGACCCAGGGGCAGCAGCAGGGUACAGGACAGGGGCAGCAGCAGGGUGCGGCACAGGGGCAGCAGCAGCGGCAGCAGCAGCAGCAGCAGCCGCAGCAGCAGGGUCAGCGACAGCAGCAGGCUCGCCAGCAGCAGCCACCCGUCCAGCCUUCUGGACGCCAGACUGGCCAGACUCCAGCCUCAGCUCAGGGAGGUUGGGGGCAGCGUCCCAGUGGCCCGGCAGCAGUUCCUUCAGCAGCCGUUUUACGGGACUCCGGCGUGGCAGCAGCCACAGCACCGCCCGGGCCCAGUGUUUCCACAGGACCAUCUGCCGCAGCAGCCCCAGGGGCAGCAGCAGACGGGGCAGCAGCAGCAGCAGCAGACGGGCCAGUAGAGGCAGACACAGGGGACGGGGUUGGUAGCCGAGGGAGGCACAGACCACGUAGGAGGCUAGAGGAGUCGGACAGGGAGCGUCUGCUUCGACGGUUUGCCAGGCGCAGUGUGCAAGAGGUCGCGGACAAGCUAACUAACGUGGCUGUCCACAACCUCUCGCGCAGGCGUCUGACAGAGGAUGAGCUUACAGGCCUUGCUCUUGGCCUUAAGUUCAUCCCUACGCCCCCUCCUCUUGACCGAGGGCGGCUGAGUCAGGCUGUGGAGCAGUAUCAGCGGCGGGUUAGGCUAGCGUGGCAGUUUCGGGACAGCCGCAGACCGGUGCCUAGGUUUCGGGUCCCACGACCUAGUUGGCAGCCGGACCCGGGGCCACCAGAGGUCGAGGAGUAUCUUGCUGAGGUAGCUGACAGGGUGGAGGGGCUGGCGGGUCUUAUAGGAGGGCCCGCUCGGCCCAACAUCAGCAGCCGCGUUAGGGGUGCACUCCUGGGGUUGAGUCGUGACCGGUCUGUUGUCAUCAAACCGGCGGACAAAAACCUUGGGAUCGUGGUACUGGAUAGGGACUGGUACGAGGGGGAGGCGCUGAGGCAGUUGGGGGACAGGGCAGUCUACGAGCCGGUUGCUGCGGUGCCGCUACGUUCCCUUUGGCAGCAGCUGUGUAGGUGGGCAGAGCAGGCGCGUUACGCAGGGGUUCCGCCACAGGUGCUGGACUACAUCUUGCAGCCGCGUACUCCGCCGACGGGGGUGUCUGCCGGGGUCUGGGAGCAGUUUCGGGUGUGCAGAUUUUACCUACUACCGAAACUGCACAAGACCCCGGUGGCUGGCAGACCCAUCUGCUCGUCUACGCUUUGGGUCUUUGAGCACGCGUCGGCGGUUCUUGAUCACCACCUCCGCCCCCUCCUACAGUUCUCACCCGCACACCUUCCUGACUCGCUCGCACUUCUUCACCAGCUUCAGGACCUCUCUGUGCCUGCUGACGCUCUCUUCCUCACUUACGACGUAGAGAGCCUCUACCCGUCGAUUCCUAUCGACGCAGGUAUCAGCUGCAUAGAGAGGUGGUUGUUUCGGCUGGUAGGGUUGGGUAGGGUGGCGGUGCGGGUAGCAGACGCGUUGGUGCAGCUGUUGGGGUUAGUCAUGAGACAGAACCACCUCGAGUUUGGUGGUCGCUUCUGGCGACAGGUUCGGGGUACUGCCAUGGGCACGCCUGUGGCGGUGAUCUACGCGGUUCUGUUCAUGGCUUGGUUAGACGAGAGGCUGUUAGAGACCGAGCCAGAGUUGUCGCAGUUCGUCCUUCUCCACCGCAGGUUUAUAGACGACGGGGUGGUUAUUUGGACGGGUACACGUGAGCGGCUCCUGGACUGGGUGCGGGCUUUCGGUGGGUUGGAGCAGACUAUUCGGUUGACCCACGAGAUCUCGACCUCACACGUUACCUUGCUGGACAUUACGUUCAGCAAGGGGGAGCUUUGGCAGAGGACGGCUGUUCUGGACACUAGUACUUUCCAGAAGCCGCUUAACGUGUACCAGUACUUUCCUUUCUCCUCCGCGCACCCCUCUCACUGCAAGAGGGGCUUUAUUUUGGGAGAGUUGCAGCGGUACAUCCUGCGGGAGUCCAGCUUUAGGGGUUACUUGGGCAUCAGGGCAGCCUUUUACUGUCGGCUUCGGGCCAGAGGCUACCCUGAUGCCUUCUUGCAGCCGAUAUUCAGCAGCAUCUCCUACGCACGACGCCCGGAGCUGCUAGCCAGGUCACGGGCUCGGGUGGAGCGGGAGCAGGAGGAGCAGCGGGUUCUCCCUCUCGUUCUCGACUUUCACCCUAGUGUGCAGCAGGUUCGCUGGGGCGCGCUGCUGGAGUUUCCCACAGGUGCACCGGCUUUCGAGCAGCUGUCUCACUACAGGGCACCCUUCGUGUCCUACAGGGCACCGCCGUCACUGCGUCGCGUUCUGGUUCGAGCGGCGUUCAGGUGACUGUGUCGCGUGUCGCCUUCAGCCGUCACCCUAGAGUUCAGCACCGGUCUUUCGUUGGUAGUGGCUCCAGGGUUGGUCCUCUGCCGUCUCCCCGCCCUUCCUCCUUGAUUCGCUACACAGGUUGGGCCCUGGAGGCAGCACUCUCUUUCACUGGCUGCAGUGUGUUCCUUUGAGUUGGGCCUUUGCAGCAGCACCGUCCCCCGUCCGGUCUCUUUGUUUGCGCUACACAGACCGGGCCUUGGGACGCACACCAGCCCCCCGCCUGGCCUCCUUGAUUCCUUUUACACAGGCCAGGCCCUGGGGCGGUGCGAGCGCCCCCGGCUGCUCUUUCCUUAUUCUUGGGGGUUUAGCACUGGGAUAUGCACUUGCACACUUGUACCACUCCCCAUCCCAGACCUUUAUGAGUACUUGGGAUGCCUACCUCUUCUUUGCACGGGGUCUUGGGGUUUGGAUCCAUGCGCAUCUUGUAUAUUCCCCGCUCCUGGCCAUAUGAGCACAGGAGCGCCUUCCUCCUCUUGCAUAUCAUUGGGGGGGGUUUGCAUUUAGGGGCCUUGAUGCACGUGGCACUUGUACUCGACACGCCCCCGACCUUUAUGAGUUCGAGGGGGCACUGCACAUAGUGGGCAGUCAGACCUCGAGCGGGUUCUUGGGGCCCUGAGGUCGGGUACUAGUCGGGCUCUGUUCCGUGAUGACUUCAUCACGUAGGGCUGUUGAAGAGCUCUCCGACGAGCCUUCACACGUCCCGAACGGAGCACCGAGCGCAUAGUUAUGCGCAUUUUUCUGUUUCUGCUACUCGGAUUCGUGCGAAUCCGUGAAGCGACAUAGUAGCUACCGGGGCUAUUCUAGAAAGCUCCGGUUUUCGCCGCCCGGCCAUGGCUGAUGGGUUCCAUAUCAUAUAUGGGACCAUAAGCCCCGUAGGGGCUGGAGGCCAUCCGCGCCGUCGGAUUUGCCAUCCGGUGCCCGGAUUGGGAGAUAUGGGCGCCUAGGAUGAUGGUCCCUGACAGGGUGCCACUUGGCACCUUGCAGGGCUAGUUUUGAGCCUAGGUGGCGCUUGCCCCACAAGGCAUUCUGUGACAUUGGGUAGGGAUUGCUCGAGUAGGGAACUCUUGCUAGGGUAGGAAAUGUCUUGCUGAUGAUGCCUUCACGGGCGAAAUCGAUACGAGACGGCUUCUACCUUCACUUGAGGUACUUACUCUCUUGCAUUUCCCUACACACUAGGCUCCAGACUUGUGUUUUUUUUCUUGCUUUCCUAGCUUCUCACUUUGCCUAGGACUUGCACAGUUUGUGGCCGUUGGAGAGCCUCGUGUUGCUCUCUAACGGCGGUAGUGUUGCGUAGGUUAGCGCCGACGAGUAGAGUAGCUCAGAGGCUCGUGCAUUGGCCUUCUCCCAGGCUAGGUCGUAGUCUCUCGCUCUACGUUCGGCAGGGUUCGCCUCGCUUUAGUCACCCUUUUCGCUAGCGACUCUGGAGUCCGGAGCAG